AUGAUUCUGUUCCAGCCACACAACACCACGACCAUUCCUGCCAUGACCAUACCUCACCCUGCCACGACUUCCCCUCAUCAUGUCACGACCACCCCUCACCCUGCCAUGACCACCCCUCAACCUGCCACGACCAUUCUUUACCCUGCCACGACCAUCCCUCACCCUGCCACGACCUGCCCUCACCCUAUCACGACCCCCCUCACACUAUCACGACCUCCUCUUCACCCUGCCACGACCCCCUCUUGCCCUGCCACGACCCCCCUCACCCUGCCACGACCACUCCUUACCCUGUCACGACCUGCCCUCACCCUAUCACGACCCCCCCUCACCCUGCCACGACCUGCUCUCACCCUAUCACGACCACUCCUCACCCUGCCACGACCUGCCCUCACCCUAUCACGACACCCCCUCCUCACCCUGCCACGACCUGCCCUCACCCUAUCACGACCCCCCUCACCCUGCCACGACCUGCCCUCAUCCUAUCACGAUCCCCCCUCACACUAUCACGACCCCCUCUUAACCCUGCCACGACCCCCUCUCACCCUGCCACGACCCCCCUCACCCUGCCACGACCACUCCUUACCCUGCCACGACCUGCCCUCACCCUAUCACGACCCCCCCUCACCCUGCCACGACCUGCUCUCACCCUAUCACGAUCCCCCCUCACCCUGCCACGACCUGCUCUCACCCUAUCACGACCCCCCCCCUCAUCCUGCCACGACCUGCCCUCACCCUAUCACGAUCCCCCUCACACUAUCACGACCCCCCUUCACCCUGCCACGACCACCCCGCACCCUGCCACGAGCAUCCCUCACCCUGUCACGACCUGCCCUCACCCUUCACGACCUGCCCUCACCCUAUCACGACCCCCCCUUACCCUGCCACGACCUGCCCUUACCCUGUCAAGACCACUCCUUACCCUGUCACGACCUGCCUUCACCCUGCCACGACCUCCCCUCAACCCGUCACGACCCUCCCUCAUCCCUGCUCCUACCACCCCUCACCCUGCCACGACCACGCCUGCCGCCCCACCCACACCCAAGCCAGCGAGAAGACACGCCUUUACAAUCAAUUCAUUAA